AUGAAAGCAACAAGCUCACACGUGGGGAAGAGAACACAAUCGACCUUCUCAAAGGCUCGCUUUCUUACGGCAAGCUUGAUCGUUGGUUGGAUGAGUGUGUUAAUGAUGAUGAUGAUGAUGAUCGGAGGAAAUAUCUGGAUGGUUCAGGCUGAACGAGCCACAUGUACUCUCAAUGCUAAAUAUCCAACCAGUUAUACGCAUUGUGCUGGUAUUACUUGUGGAGCAGCAUCGGCAAUGAUCUUUGCUACUCCUGGUGAAGAUAUUGUUACUAGUAGUAGUACUACUACUGCUACUUCUUCAGAGACUACAAGUAGAACGUUGGCUCUUACCAAACCAUACAGCACCCGAUCUCUCACCGAGCAAACUCAAGCCACGGAUCUUGCUUCGGGUUUGUUGCCUCUCGCAGUGGGAUGUCCAUGUGAUCCGGUGAGAGAUGUUGGAGCUCGUUUCACUCAAUGCGAUAAUUCUACAAAUACAAAAGCUGCUUUCUUCUUCUUUAAGCCUCCUGCAGUGUGCACGGGAUAUAAUUUACCUCAGCCAGUCACUGGUAUUCCUUGUGAUAUGAUUUGUGAAGAGGGAACUCGUUUGGAAAUUUCGAGUAAGACUUGUCUUCAUUGUGCUCCUGGUUCAUAUGCUCAUUCCGGAGAGUUGAGCUUGAAUAAUUGGAUUCCGACUGGAAAAGAUACCAACGUGGAUAAACCAAUUCUUCCUCCACAAAUGAAAUCUUAUUGCACGAACUUUGCUUGGGCACCACCAUGCUCUCCUUGGCAACCACGUGCUGAUUAUAUUGAUAGUGGUGACAACAAAAACAAGCCAUUCUCAAAGAACUAUCUCGAAUAUUCAGCUGAGAUUUCUCAAACGGCUGUCAAUAAGGGAAUUGCUAGCAUUUCAUUUGAAUACCAAGUGGAUGCAGAACAAUAUUAUGACUUUUUAUUCUUUUCCAUGGAUGGUAGCACUGAUUAUUUGGUUAAGGCUGACAGACAACUCUCCUGGAAAAAGGUGAGCUUCCCAAUCACAAAAGCAGGUUUCCAUACAUUCCAAUGGUUAUAUAGCAAGGAUUCUUCCAAAGACGAAGGUGAAGAUCGUGCCAAGCUCAGAAAUAUUUCAAUUAUGGGUGCUGUCGACAAGGAAGUGGUCACUCGAUGUGAAAAUUGUACCAAAGGUACUUACUCGAAUGGUACUCAUCCAUGCUUGCCAUGUGCACCUGGUACUUAUCAAGACGAAGAAGGCAUGUCAUCUUGCAAGCCAUGUGCACCCGGACAUACUUCAUUCUCUGGUGCUACAGAAUGCUUUAUGGCCAAUGUACCUUGUACAAAGAAUGAUUACUCGUUCAGAUAUGGAUCCAUCUGUGACAACAACAGAAGAAGUGUUGACUAUUUCUGGAUUUUACCAAAAGUUUGCAACGAGUCAAGAAAUGAUAGUGCACAAUUGCCACCUUCUUCCACUGCAUCAUGCAGCGAAACCAUCAAGUGUGGACUUGGUAUGAAAAAGACAAUUGUUGGCAAUACCCAAACUUGUACUUAUUGCGAGCCUGGAUUUUUCAAUGAUCAUGACAAUCGCAAUAAUAAUGACACUGACACUAAUAGAAGAUCUGCUCGUCAUGCUGAAACUGAGUGCGAACCCUGCAAGAAUAAUGAAGCUUCUCGGUUCAAAAUUCUUCACCUCUAUGAUGUCAUUGGUGGUUUGAGCACUUCCUAUACUUCCUCUUGCGUGGGUGAAUGUUUGACUUCUGUAGGAUGGAGAGAUUUGGGUUCUCUCGGUUUGGACUCAGGUGUUGGAAAUGGAAAAUCCGUCACUCGCUUAUCAUUCAUUAAUUUACCAAAGGUAACAUUGGAAGAGGACAUUACUCCAUCGUUCAGUGUCCGAUUGUUCCUUUCAUGUGCUGUGAAUAGUGGAAGUAGAGUCGACUUUUUAGUUGAUGGUGUCACUAGAAAGACAGUCCAAUGUGGAGGAUGUAAGGCAUUCGAAGAAGAUGAAUAUGAAGUUGAGGAAGAUUGGCAAACAGUUGAUAUUCCACUCACAAUGACCGAACGUAAGAAAGAUGAAUUAUUGUUUGAUAUCAACUUUGUUACUUUGGAUGCUCCUUCAUCAUUGAACGAAUCCUUCUCUUGUAACCGUGCUGUUGUAUCGAAGGUAUCUCUCUCUGGUGUUGCAGGCAAUGUUGGUGGUGCCGUACUCUGUAAUACUUGUGCUGGAGGUCAAUAUCCAAAAUUGGACAAGUGUGAAUCUUGCGCUGCUGGCUACUAUUCUGCUCCAGCAAGUGCUAACUGCUCGAUCUGUAAUACCAAUCAAUUCAGUUAUGCAACAAGUGCCAAGUGUUAUGACUGUGGUAAGGGUCAAACCAGUCCAAAGGGAAGUGCAACAUGCUCAUGGUCCAAUAAUGAAAUUUGUGUAGCAACGAACAAAUUAGAAUCAGCCUCUCAACGUUUCGAAUUCCAAAAGUUAGGAGCAUUAUUAGGAAACACUCGAUUCUUUUCUUCUGCCAUCAUGGAUGCCUUCUUCUAUUUUGAUGUUUGCAAGGCCAACAAUGAAAGUAAUGUUGGCCCACGUUCCAUCAUUGGUGGCGGACCAAUGUUGACCAUGUUUGAUUUCAAUCAAGCCACUCAAUUAUUUGCCAUGAUGGAUACAUUUUCAGAGCAAUACGCAAUGGCUGACAAUUGUCCUCAAGGAUCUUAUGCAUGUGUCAAGUAUAGAAACGGUCAAGUUAUUGAUUUUGGUAACUCAAUUUCUAUGGAUACCAUUUAUGACACUUCACCUACUGUGAACAAUGUUGGAGUUUCCAUCACUUUGCAAAACUAUCAAAACGUUUGCUAUAACAAUUUGACCAAACAAGACGGACCUGCAAAGAUUACCAUUACUGCCAUGUGUGCUGUGGACAGUUCCACCGAGUCAUCUCUGGCUGAUAAUCCUCGUCUUAGAUCAGUAGAUGAGACUGGAUGCAAUUUCCGUUUGGACACUCUUUCAAUUUAUGGAUGUCCAUUGUGUGCUGAGAGCGAUUUCACACGACUGGAAGGAGAAUGUAAUAAGGAUACCAAGACAAGAUCAAUUCGAUUUACCAGAAAGGAAGGUUUGCAACACAAGUGUGCAAGAGGUCCAAAUGAUCUCACAAAUGUCGUGAAAACAGAGGCAUGUGAGCCAUUAUCUAUUGAAACACCUUAUUGGAUUAUUGGAACUGUAUUGGGAGUUUGUUUAGUAAUACUCAUUGGUAUUACCUUGGUUGCUGUAUUCUUGUUCUACAAGUACAGAAGCAUUUCGAAGAAGUAUGACCAAUUAAUGGAUGAAGAGACAACCACUAACCAACGGUUGUAA